AUGCAGGCUCCCGUGGUAAUUAUGAACACUUCCCAGGAAAGAACGACGGGCCGCGAAGCCCAGAUCUCUAACAUCACUGCUGCGAAAGCAGUGGCUGAUGUGAUCAGGACGUGUUUGGGACCCAAAGCGAUGUUGAAAAUGCUGUUAGAUCCUAUGGGAGGGCUUGUUUUAACGAACGAUGGACACGCAAUUUUGAGAGAAAUUGAUGUGGCGCAUCCUGCAGCGAAAUCGAUGCUGGAACUUUCCAGAACUCAGGACGAAGAAGUCGGAGACGGAACGACAACUGUGAUUAUCUUAGCUGGAGAAAUCUUGGCGCAAUGUGCUCCUUAUAUCAUUGAGAAGAAUAUCCACCCUGUGAUCAUUAUUCAGGCUUUGAAAAGAGCGUUGAGUGAUGCUCUGGAAGUGGUGAAACAGGUCAGCAGACCCGUAGACGUUGAAAACACCGAGGCGAUGCAAAAAUUGAUUCAGGCUGCGAUUGGUACUAAAUACGUUAGGCAUUGGUCGCAGAAAAUGUGUGAAUUGGCCCUCAAUGCGGUGAGAACCGUACGCAUCGAUUUUGGCGGUGUCGAGAACGCUGAGAGUCGUUAUGAGAUCGAUAUAAAGAGAUACGUGCGUAUUGAGAAAAUACCAGGUGGUGACGUUAUGGAGUCUAAAGUGUUGAACGGUGUGAUGUUGAACAAAGACGUUGUUCACCCCAAAAUGUCCCGUUACAUUGAGAAUCCAAGGGUAGUUCUUUUGGACUGUCCUCUCGAAUACAAGAAGGGAGAGUCUCAAACCAACAUCGAGGUCACUCGUGAGGAAGACUGGAACCGUAUUUUACAGAUCGAGGAAGAACAAGUGCAAUGGAUGUGUGAACAAAUUUUGGCCGUUAACCCUAGCGUCGUAAUAACCGAGAAGGGUGUUUCAGACUUGGCACAACAUUACCUGCUAAAGGGUGGUUGCAGCGUUCUAAGACGUACCAAGAAAUCUGAUAACAACAGAAUUGCUCGUGUCACUGGUGCUACUAUAGUAAAUCGCGUCGAAGAUCUAAAAGAGAGCGAUGUGGGUACCCAAUGUGGUGUUUUCAAAGUUGAAUUGAUUGGAGAUGAAUAUUUCACGUUUUUGGACGAAUGCAAGGACCCCAAAGCGUGCACGGUGUUGCUUAGGGGCGCUUCAAAAGAUAUCCUAAAUGAAGUAGAGCGUAAUUUGCAAGAUGCUAUGGCUGUAGCUCGUAACGUUAUGCUUUCUCCUUCUUUGUCUCCCGGUGGUGGUGCAACCGAAAUGGCCGUUUCUGUAAAGCUGGCUGAGCGUGCCAAACAAUUGGAAGGUAUUCAACAAUGGCCUUAUCAAGCUGUUGCUGAUGCUAUGGAGUGUAUUCCCCGCACAUUAGUACAAAAUGCAGGUAGCAACGCUAUAAGGGUAUUGUCGCAACUAAGAGCCAAGCAUACUCAAGGAGAUUACACUUUUGGUAUUGAUGGAGAUGCUGGUAAAAUUGCCGACAUGGUGGACUAUGGAGUGUGGGAACCCGAAGUUAUCAAACAGCAAAGUAUCAAAACCGCUAUAGAGAGCGCAUGCUUACUCUUGAGGGUGGAUGACAUCGUAAGCGGUGUCAGAAAGCAAGAGUAA